UUGACCUGAUUCCGUUUACCUUAUCAAUGAAAGAGAUUAUCAGUGGCCAGGUACAUACUGUUCGCAUUAGAAGCCAUGUGGACGCCAGCACUGACUGCGUGUCUCGUCCUGCUCUGCCCUGUGUAUAUGAUUGACAUUGCAGAUUCAGAUACGAUAUUUGCACGAGCCGAUUCCACCCCUCUGCUGCUGACCAAAGCUGACCCCAGGGUCCAGGUGUUCCGGAACGGACAAUGGGGGUUCAUCUGUGGCCAUGGAUGGAACUCUAGAGAUGCCAAGGUCAUCUGUCGGAUGCAAGGAUACUGGCACGGCACUGGCACAGCCCGGAUCAUCCCGCUGAUUGGUGGGGAGACGUUCUGGCUCGACGACGUGGACUGUGUCGGCAACGAGACGGACAUCACUGACUGUCAAUUCCAGGGCUGGGGGAUACCGUCAUGUCCUGCCGGGGGAGUGGCGGGCGUCAACUGUGAGGUGUCGGCACAGCCCAAUGUCCGGCUGACGGACGGGUUCGGACCGUGGGAGGGUCGUGUCGAGAUCUAUGAAAACAACAUGUGGCAGCCUGUCUGUACAGCAGGGUGGGACGACAAGGACGCUCAGGUCAUCUGUCGAGAGCUCGGCAUCAGGUCAAAGGGCGGGUUGGCACACAAUGACGCCAAGUACGGUCGCAGUCCUAACCCUCCGAUCAUCACCAGCACUGUCUGCGUGGGGACAGAGAGCGACAUUUCCCUCUGUCCGGCCACACGGGUCCUUCCCUCGCAGACAUCGUGCGACCAGGCAGGAGUCGAGUGUUACAAUUGUGGAAACCAAUACUCCAGUGAGACAGGCACGCUUCAGACGGACAACUACCCCCAGCCCUACCCCCGCAACGUGCACUGCCUCUACAUCAUCCGCCCCACCAACACGGGGCAACUGUACAAGUUGGAGUUUACUGACUUCAAGACAGAAUCCUGCUGUGACAUUGUACAUGUCUCUACACUCAACUCGUCGUCAAGCAACCCAGUCGGUGGCUCCACCUACAGCGGCAAUAGCAAACCCCCCAUCCUCCUCGGCAAGGCCUUCGUCGUCAGCUUCGACACCGACGGCUCCAACAGCAUGGCCGGCUUCCAAGCUAAAUGGAGCCCGGCGUUGGUGCAGGAUGUCGUCAACAUGUCGUGUGACGCGGGAACCUUCAACAUCCAGAUAGACCUCCCCUUCCUGAAGCGACUCUACCCAGCUUCCUCAGAGCGAACCAUCGCUCUGGCUGAUCCCUCCUGUACCGGCACCAUCAUCAACGACAUCAUCGUCAUCAACACCAACGCCGAUUCCUGUGGGACAAUAGUCAAGACAGAGACAGGCAGACAUGUCUACACCAACUUCCUCGUGGACAGAAUAUUUGCAACCGAGUCCAACAACAUUGUCCGAGGUGAGAGGUGGAAGAUACCCAUCUCCUGCUCCGUGCCUCGUUCUGAAUCCUUCUCCAUCCACUAUCACCCCUACCCGGAUGUGGGCACGCGAAGAGAAUCGGGAGUGGAACGCAUGAGCAGGGAGGUGAAAGGUCAUAUCCGGCUUCAGCAGUAUUUCCCGACGAGCAUCACUGUCUAUGAAGACCAGGCGAUGACGAUCAGGCAGUUCACAAGACCACAGAAGAGAUUAGGGGAGGAUCUGUUUUUCAGAGUACAACUGGACCAGGCUGACUCGGACUUGAAGCUUGUGGUGACGUCAUGCUUUGCUCUUCCAACAGCUGUGGAGACAAGGAACAGCUCUAAGUACAUCCUUGCUCAGGGAGGCUGCACAGUGGACAGUGGGACACACGUCCUCAGGACAACCAACCACUACACAGACUUUCAGACGAAGGUGUUCAAAUUCGCGGGGAACUACAACCAGGUGUACAUCACGUGUGACGUCAGAGUCUGUCCGGUACAAGAUAGCUCCGCCUCCUGCCAGCAGACCUGUCAAUCACCGGGGAAGAGGAGCACUUCCAGACAAGAGGGGCGAAACAGAGUUAGGUUUGGCCCUGUCAUAAUUGAGGACUCGCCUGUCAACUGAGACCUGUCUCACCAUAUGUCUUUAACCAUUAGACCAGUGAUUGUAAAUGUUGAGUUUGCCAAUAAACAAGGUUAUAAUGGAA